GGACUGGCCUACUCUGACAUCACAACUGAAAGUGAAACUAAAAGAGGAGAAGGAGAGCCGCAUGUUGUUACUGUCUUUUACACUUCUGAAAGUUUUAUCAAAGUCAUCAAACACCAGACAUGGCUUCUGUUAUGACUGAGGAGAAUUUUAUUUGUUCAAUCUGUUUGAGUGUGUUCAUUAAACCUACGUCCAUUCCCUGUGGGCACAACUUCUGUUUGGGCUGUAUCACAAAGUACUGGAACACUACAAAUCAUGUAUUCCCAUGUCCACUGUGUAAAGAGGAGUUUUUUGGCAGACCAAAGCUUCGGGUUAACAGUCUCAUUGCUGAGAUGGCUGAAAAGUUUAAGAGCACAUUUCAACAAAAAUCUGACCCUGAACAAGCAGGAAAUGGAAAUGUGUUCUGUGAUAAAUGUGCAGGGGCAAAGGUCAAGGCCCUGAAGACCUGCAUAGUGUGUUUCAUGUCUUACUGUGAAACACAUCUGGAGCCUCAUCAGAGAAUUCUAUCCUUGAAGAAGCACAAGCUGAUUGAGCCGGUCGAGAACUUGGAGAGCAGGAUGUGUAAGACACAUGGCGAGUAUUUGGAGCUAUUUUGCCAGAAGGAUCAAGAGUUUUUGUGUCAGUCCUGUAAAGACAGUGACCAUACAACCCACAAGAUAGUGGCUCUAGAGGAGGAGGCUCAAGUGAGAAAAACUCAGCUGGUAAGAGAAAAGAAACACACAGAUCAGAUGAUCGAGGAACGUCUGCAGAAAAUUUGGGAGUUUCAAAACUCAAUGAAGGCUAACAGAGAUAAUGCAGCUGAGGUACUGUCAUGCAGCCUGCGUGUGAUGACUGCUGUGGUGGACUACAUGAAGAGGAGCCAAGCUGAGCUGAGUGAAGUAAUUGAGAUGAAGCAGAAAAAAACUGAAAAGGAGGCAAAAGGAUUCAUUAAAGAACUGGAGGGAGAAAUUAUGCAAAUAAAGCAGCAAAGCUUGCAGCUUAAUCAGGUCUCACUUGACGCCGACCCCUUCACACUCCUUGAGAAAUUCAUUUCUCUUACCAUCAUGCCGCCCCAGGUUAAGGAGUGGUCUGACGUGACUCUGAACAGAGACCAGUUUAUAGCGCAGGGAGCCUGGGCUAAGCUGGAGACAACAAUCAUGAGAGAAAUAAGUAUGGUGUGUGAUCCCGACCUGAAAGAAAAGCAGCAGCAUGCUGUAGAUGUAAGUCUGGAUCCUGACACAGCAAACCUCUAUCUCACUGUCUCUGCAGAUGGGAAACAAGUCACACAUGGAGACAGAAAGAGAAACCUCCCAGACAAACCGGAGAGGUUUGGGAACGUCUUCAAUGUUUUGGCAAAAGAUGGUUUCUCUGCAGGAAAAUUUUACUAUGAGGUCCAGGUUAAGGACAAAACACAAUGGAAUUUAGGACUUGCAAACCAGUCCAUCAACAGAAAGGGGGAUAUGCGGCUUAGCCCCAUGCAUGGCUACUGGACUAUUUGGCUGAGGAAUGGACAUGAGUUUCAAGCCAAUGCGGGCCCUGCCGUUAACCUCCCUGUGAGGGAGAGGCUUCAAAAAGUCGGGGUGUUUGUGGAUUACGAGACGGGCCAAGUUUCCUUCUAUGAUGUGGAUGCCAGGGCUCACAUCUACUCUUUCACCGGAUGUAACUUCACUGAGAGAAUCUUUCCAUUCUUCAGCCCCAGUGUUAACGAUGGCGGCAAAAAUUCAGCCCCCUUGAUCAUUACUCCUGUCAAAUACGAAAACUGAGUUUUUAUUUCACUUUCAGGAUUUGUGAAAGAAGGAGAGACGGGGGAAAGAUCACAAUAGUAGCGCGCUGAAAUGUUUUCAUUUGUGAAACUCCAAUGUGUCAUUCUGGAGGUCCCAUCCAUCAGCGUCAGUCACUGCGUGUUGCCUGUCACACAGACAGCUGUAGAUCUCCAACAGAGUCCCCAAGCAACCAUCAGGACAUUCACUACAUGCACACAUACACAAACCUCUAAGAUGCCAAUAUAGCCCUACGUCUCUCUGGGUUACAAAAAACCUUCAUGAGCCUACUGUUAAUUUUGAUACAUUUUGCUGUGUUUGCCUGCCACUGUGGCCAUACAGAUACCAGAGCUACUGCAGGUCAAGUAGUAAUAUUUAAUCACAUUUGCUUUGUGUUGCUUGGAGUGCCACAUAUCAGCACUGUUUACUAAUGACAUGAUAGACAGGCUUAAAGUGCUCUUAUUAUUCAGCUCUUCUAAUGUGGCUCUGGAUAAGAAUUAUUUUUGCCACAAAUUAAUGUGUUCAGUUUAAAGGCUGGUUAUUAAAUUUAUCAGGCACAAUACUGGAGCCUAACUGGCACAUAAUUCCUGGCCUCUAAUUAAAAUUAGCCAAACCUGCAAGGUGCAGGCUUUUCAAGUUUAAAUGCAGAAAAUCUACCUAAUUAGAAGAACCUUAGUAACCUUUUAUUGAGCAGAGACAAUUAAAAUCUGUUUGUUCUUGUUUUAGAAUAGUGUAUCUUUAUUGUUAUGAUGCUGUGAUGUUACGAUGCUUAUGACAGUGACUUGGGCGUGUGUCUCUUAAUUGAAUCUCAUCUGGACAUCAAGUCAGGAUAAAGGAGGACAGGAGCACUAAAGUUGGUUAGGCCCACUGGAUGUUGAAUCAUUCAGAUGGAAGAGUCCCCAUGGAUGAAAGCUGCUGGAUGAAAACCUGGCACUGUAUUUUAAUUAAUAGUUUUAUAAUAUUUUAUCUUGAUGACCACACAGUUUUUGACAUUAUUUAAUUAGCUUAAGAUAACCUCCUAACCUGUUAAUUAAGGUUAUGGAGGAAAAAAAAACAAAAGUGGAAUUAUAAGGUGUCAAAUAACAGUAGCGAUACAUCAUACACAUUUGAUAUAGAAGUGCUGACAGAUUAUAUUAGUGCUGAAACAAUAUGUAAAAUAUAUUAUUAGUUGAUAAACACAAAGUUAAUCUACAACAAUUUUGAUAAAUAAUUAAUCAGUGAAGUCAUUUAUAAAAAGAAAAUGUGUUUGUAUCUGCUGUUUCCAGCUUCUCAGAUGCUAAGAUGUGUCACUGUUCUCCAUUAUGUAUCACUGUAAAUCAAAUAUCUUUGACUUCUGAACUGCUCAUAUGACAAAAAGAGUAAUUUUUGAGGAUGCAAGUUUAAGCUCUGAGAAAGUGUGAUGGCAUUUGCUCUUCUUUCUGACAUUUUAAUGCUCUUUAAAAUGAUUAAUUGUAGAAAUAUUAAAUAUCAAACAUCAUCAUCUAAUUUGAUGAUGAGAAUGUAGCUCCAGUCUGUAUACAGCACUGUGCUGGAUUGGAUACUGUAGUCACUAAAUACUGUAGUGUGUUCAAUUGACUGUGUGAUGUCCACCAUCUGAUGUUUGACUGAAACUCUAUCACUGAAGAAUCUAAUAAAUGUGAUUUAGGAA